AUGGUUGAUCGAUACAAGCAGUACCCUAAUAAUUUCAAAGAAGAAACUAAAACAGAAGCAGAGUUCCCCAAUCAGCGGGCCAUAGUGGAUCCGAGUGACACCGACCCGUUAUCCUUCCACUGCCAAGAGCGGGAGGAACCAAGAGACCCAGAGCCUUCGCUCGAGCCACAUGGUUCAACUCUUUGCUUGGAAUGGGCGGGCCAGAAGAUAGUCAACCCGGACCCGACCCGCUAA